GCCGGGUGCCCCAGGGAGCCUGGCUACCAUGCCAUCUCCUCUCCCUGUCUCCCUCCUCCUCUUCCUUACCUUAGUAGGAGGCAGGCCCCAGAAUUCCUUACUGGUGGAGGUAGAAGAGGGAGACAAUGUUGUGCUGUCAUGCCUCCGGAACUCCUCAUCUGUCUCUUCUGAGAAGCUGGCUUGGUAUCGAGGUAACCACUCAACACCCUUCCUGGAGCUGAGCCUCGGGUCCCCGGACCUGGGUCUGCACAUCGGGCCCCUGGGCAUCUUGCUAGUGAUUGUCAAUGUCUCGAACCAUAUGGGGGGCUUCUAUCUGUGCCAAAAGAGGCCCCCUUUCAAGGACACCUGGCAGCCUGCCUGGACCGUAAACGUGGAGGAUAGUGGGGAGCUGUUCCGGUGGAAUGCUUCAGACUUGGGGGACCUGGAUUGUGACCUAGGAAACAGGUCCUCAGGGAGCCACAGGUCCACUUCUGGUUCCCAGCUGUAUGUGUGGGCUAGAGAUCAUCCUGAGGUCUGGGAAACAAAGCCUGUAUGUGCCCCACGGGAGAUCAGUCUGAAUCAGAGUCUAAUCAACCAAGAUCUCACUGUGGCCCCCGGCUCCACACUUUGGCUGUCCUGUGGGGUACCCCCUGUCCCAGUGACCAAAGGCUCCAUCUCCUGGACCCAUGUGCGUCCUAAGAAGCUUAACGUUUCAUUACUGAGCCUAAGCCUUGGGGGAGAGCACCCAGUGAGAGAGAUGUGGGUUUGGGGGUCUCUUCUGCUACUGCCCCAAGCCAAAGCUUCAGAUGAAGGUACCUAUUAUUGUCUCCAAGGAGGCCUGACCAUCGAGAUGCACGUGAAGGUCAUUGCAAGGUCAGCAGUGUGGCUCUGGCUGUUGAGGACUGGUGGAUGGAUAGUCCCAGUUGUGACUUUAGUAUAUGUCAUCUUCUGUAUGGUUUCUAUGGCGGCUUUUCUCUAUUUUCGAAGAGCCUUCAUCCUGAAGAGGAAGAGGAAGCGAAUGACGGACCCCGCUAGGAGAUUCUUCAAAGUGACGCCUCCCUCAGGAAACGGGACCCAGAACCAGUAUGGGAAUGUGCUCUCCCUCCCUACAUCUACCUCUGGCCAGGCCCAUGCUCAGCGUUGGGCUGCUAGCCUAGGGAGUGGUCCUGUGUCCUAUGGAAAUCCACGCAUUGAAGUCCAGGAUGCUGGAGCUCAGAGACAUGAAACAGGACUGGAAGAAGAAGGGGAGGCCUAUGAAGAGCCAGACAGCGAGGAGGGCUCUGAAUUCUAUGAGAAUGACUCCAACCUUGAGCAGGAUCAACUUUCCCAGGAUGGCAGUGGCUAUGAGAACCCUGAGGAUGACCCCGUAGGUCCAGAGGAGGAAGACUCCUUCUCCAAUGCCGAGUCUUAUGAAAAUGCAGAUGAGGAGCUGGCCCAACCAGUUGGCAGGACGAUGGACUUCCUGAGCCCCCAUGGGUCUGCAUGGGACCCCAGCCGGGAAGCAUCCUCGCUUGGGUCCCAGUCCUACGAAGACAUGAGAGGGAUCCUGUAUGCAGCUCCUCAGCUCCAAUCAAUUCGGUCUGGUCCCAGCCAUGAGGAAGAUGCAGACUCUUAUGAAAACAUGGAUAAAUCUGACGACCCAGAGCCAGCAUGGGGAGGAGAGGGCCACAUGGGGACUUGGGGUGCCACGUGACUCCCAGGUGACUAGCCUGGACUUCCUUAGGUCCCAAGAGCCCCAUCUUACUCUGAAAUCUGGAGAUCCCAAGCAGACGGUGUCAGUCAGUGAAAUAACCUUGUUUAGGAUGUGUGCGCGCACACACACACACACUCUCACAUGCAUGUACAAGCAAAGCUUCCUUUUGACUCUUUUUGCUUUCCCCAAAUAUACUCAACGAGCCACUCAAAUUCUCUGAAGUAUGCCCUUGUGUGGGAGAAGAAGGAAAGAUGAGGCUGAAUCCAGCUCUGAUCACCCAGAGGAAGGAGAGCUGGUCUGAAUACAUCCUGGCCCUAGCAUGAUAUUUAGCCGCUAACAUCCAAUGAUGCAAAUAUGUUCAGCCAUUAUUCCAUGGUGUCCCACAAGGGACAGACAGUGAUGGGAUUGGCACCUCUGCACAAACUGGGAAACCCUGUCUGCCUUUCUUCCCUUAACCCUGCCUGCUCUGGGCUAGCAGGUCAGUACCCCUCAUCUCUGAGUUUCCGGCAACCCACCUGAGUGCCCGCCCAGGGUUUCAGCUUCUGACCAUAUGUGGACACCACCCCAGCUCUGAACUUAUAUAUCAUCACACCUUGUCUAAGACCGAUAAAACCCCCUUACUUUAGCCCAGGUGUGCCAUUUCCCUGUCCCCUCCCCCAUCCUUGGGACCUGUGAACGUACUUAAGAGCUGCUCUCAAUAAAUCUGCCUCUAUAUGUCUUAA